AUGACCAAAUUCCCAGACGCCGAGUGUGACCCCUACCAAGCGGCACUUGGGGAAAUCCGCAGAUGGGUGAGGAGAAUGCAAGAGUCAGGCACAGCCCAAUCUCUCGGCACCAUCGAGGCAGAGAUCCUCCAGUCUCUAUACACCCCUGGCCAUGACGAUGACCUCGCCCAAAGACUGGACGAUCCUCUCGAGGGCACCUGUGAGUGGCUGUUACUCCACCCGCAGUAUAGGCGGUGGAGUGAAGGUGUUCAGUCGGAUUUUCUCUGGAUAUCUGGUGAUCCGGGCUGUGGAAAGUCGCACCUAGCGUUAUACCUGGUCCGGCUGAUGAAGAAGGGACUGUCGCGGCGUUCAUGUAAUGGUGUCUGCUGUUCCUUCUUUCACCAUGAUGAUGAAAAAUGGAGUACUGCUACGGCUGCUCUUUGCAAUCUUCUGCAUCAGCUCCUCAGCGCCAAUCCGAUCCUCAUCGCACAUGCCGUGCCGGAGUAUAAAAUUAAAGGAACAAAGCUCACCAACGACCUCGAUGCUCUGUGGGGCAUUUUUACCGCCGUAGUAGGGGAUAAACGAUGCGGCCCUGUGACAUGCGUGAUUGACGCCCUUGACGAGUGUAAAGAUUCUAGUCGGGCCCUGUUUAUGAAAAGAUUAUCUGAUUUCUACAGCCGCCAGCCCUCGAAUCAGGACAUUGGGGCUCUCAAGAUUCUCAUCACCAGUCGUCCGUACAGCUCUAUCGUCUCCUCUCUACCAUCCAGGCGACUAGAGCUGGAAAGCGAGACGUCCGCCACCGCCCGAGAUGUUGAGCGACUCGUCAAACUCCGGACAAAGCAAAUAUGCCUGGAAAAGGGCAUCUCGGAACCUGUGCGUCAGGCCCUCGAGCAAAGGCUGCUAGGGAAUGCCGACCGGACUUUUCUGUGGGUAGCGCUUGUGCUUCGAAUGCUCUGGGAAAGCGACACGGCAUCUCGGAGCACCCUGGAUGAGAUAUGCGAUACAAUGCCGAUUACACUCGAUGCUAUCUUUUUGAGGACCCUAGAGAAAAGUACGAAUCCCGAGAAGGCGAAGACAAUCCUGCACCUCGUUGUAGCGGCUGCUCGACCGCUGUCUCUGGCCGAGUUGAAUAUUGCGUUUAACAUCCGCGUCACUGACAAGUCAUAUCAAAGCUUAGAUCUCGAACCCCAAUUUGAGCGGACCGUGAGGGGCCUCUGUGGCCUGUUAGUUAGGGUAAUUGACUCCACGGUAUACCUGGUUCAUCAGACCGCGAAGGAAUUCCUGGUCACCACCAAUGGUCGAGAAACCGAGAUGCCCUGGAAGCAGUCGCUGUAUCCAGGGCGAUCGAACGCGGUUCUUGCAGAGCGAUGUAUCUGGUUCCUGAUGCUCUCUGAUUUCGAGGCUUGUCCUCUCGAGUAUCGUCAAGUCAAAGACCAGGUCGAGCACUCGAAAGACGCGCACCGGUAUGACCAUAUCCACAACUACGUGGAGAAGUUCAGCUUUCUAUCGUACGCUGCAUCGUUCUGGGCAAUUCACUUCCGAGAAGCAAUGAUACCGGUAACCUCGCCGCUCAUGCAGUUCUCCUUCAGCCUUUGCAAGACCCUCUCAGGGCGAUACCGAACAUGGUGGCAGAUAUACUGGCUGCAGAGCCACGAAAGAAGGCUUUGCCCAAUGUAUUACACAGAGCUCCUGGUGCGGAGUUUCUUUGCACACGAUGGCGCGGUGCGACUACUCCUGGACUCUAGAACCAACGUGAACGAGAGAGUCGGCGAUAACAUUAGCUCCACGACCGCUCUGCAUGUAGCGUCAGCUGCUGGACACGCGGAGCUGGUCCGGCUCCUGCUCAGCCGAGGGGCAGAUCUCUCAGCACGAAGUGGGCUGGCUGGUACUGCGCUAUUCCAGGCAGCAGCCGCCGGACAUGAUCGGGUGGUGACGGUGCUGCUCGACGCAGGAGCAGACAUCCAGACGCGAAAUGACAUCGGGAUGCCGAUCGUCUUGUGGCCGGCACAUUACGGACACGAGGCAACACUGCGCGUACUGCUGUCAAGGGGCGCAGAUGUGCAGGCGAUCUUCGGCGGAGGCGAAACGUCAUUACACUUCGCAGCAAUGCGCGAGAACAAGCCAAUGUUGCACCUGCUACUCGAUGAAGGCAUUGAUGUAAAUGUGAAGACUGUCUCUGGUGAAACAGCGCUCCACCGAGCCGCUCAGUUCGGGGGUACGCAAAUGAUCGCCGCGUUACUCGACCGUGGCGCUGAUAUAGAAGCCACAAACCAUAUGGACACGACCGCAUUAGCCUACGCUAUCACUGGCAAACGGGAAGAGGCAGGAGACCUCCUCAUCAGUCGAGGAGCUGAUGUUACCGCCGCAAAUAGCCAUGGAAUGACGGCUCUCCAUCUGGCUGCAAUGUACGGUCUAGGAACCGUGGUCCGCCUUCUCUUGAAUGCAGGGGAUGUGAUCGAAGCGAGAGACACAAGAGGCCACACCCCGUUACAUUACACUUGUAGUGUAGGGGAGAAGGAGGUAGAGAAUAUCGAAGACACGAUAUCCGCCCUGCUAGACGCAGGCGCUGACCUCGCAGCAACAAUGGAAAACGGGGAGACUGCUCUCCAUCAUGCGGCGUCGACUGGAUUUGAAAAUCUUGUGACCUUCCUGCUAAUCAAGGGUGCUAACAUUGAAGCCAGCGAUGACCAGGGAAUCUCUCCUCUCCAGCGCGCAGUCUUCGCCGGCCAUGAAAACAUCGUUAAACUUCUAGUGGCUCAGGGGGGCAGCAUAGACAGGAAACUGGACAGACACGGCUUAACUGCGCUACACUGGGCUUGUCAAGAAGGACAAACAUCCAUGGUCGAUGUACUGGCGAAAGCCGGGGCGAGCCUCAGUGCCCAAGCCUCUCGAGGAGCUGCACUGCACCACGCAGCCUUUGCCAAAUCGCCGGAAAUGGUGCAGACACUGCUCAACAAUGGAGCCAAUGCUAGCGCACAAGGACCGGGAGGGCUAACCGCACUUCAUAUCGCGGUUAUCGAUGGGAACGAAGAUAUGGUCGAACUAUUGCUGAUGGCCGGCGCAAACGUGAACGCUAAGGCACACAACGGGGGCGCGUCUGCACUCCAUAUAGCAGUCUCACUAGACUCCACCAACAUCGAGAUCCUCCGCCUGCUAUUAGACCAAGGCGCGGAUGCUGAUAUUAGAGGCGAUAAACCACAAGGGGAGACACCACUGCACAUAGCAGCGCAGCAUGGCAAACUAGCAGCAGCCGCAUUCCUUGUCACCCGCGGAGCAGACAUAAGAGCAGCCUACGCCGACGGCGAAACAGCCUUACACCGGGCUGCUGGCUCAGGGGCGGCAGAUAUGGUCCAGUGGCUCUUAGAGCAUGGCGCGGAGAUCGAGGCGUGCAGGAACGAUGGCGACACCGCGCUCUCCUUGGCUGCAGUAUACGGCCACCGCCGAGUGGUUGAAGUCCUGAUCGAGACAGGUGUCACGGAUCUAGAGCUCGCUAGAUCCAUGCUCUAUGCCGCUGGCGGGGGGCACCUGGACGUGAUGAGGGUUCUCAAGAUCCACGGAGCCCACAUCGAUGGACGGGAUACCAGCGGAACGACAGCGGCGCAUAUGGCGGCGGAGCAGAACCAACCGGCCGCUGUGCGGUUGCUGUGUGUCUGGAGGGCGAACAUCAGACUGAGGAAUUGCAGUGGGCAGACUGCACUUGAUAUCGCCGUGUCCUUGAACCACCAUGAAGUUGCGCGUAUUCUCCGGCAGGUGAUAUUAUCCCGGGCGUAG